AUGUUUACACUGAAAGUGCAAGUUAAUGAUAUAAUCAGUCAUCAGUAUCUACACCAAGCUGUUGUAGAAGUUUUUGUCAACUACACUAAAACAAAUUCUACUCUAACUGGAAAGAAUGGAGCAGUAUUGAUACAAGUUCCCUAUCAACUAGGUCUAAGUUUAACUAUUGCUUCUUAUAAAGAUGGUUAUAUGUUAACACCUUUACCUUGGAAAACUGGGAGAAUGCCAAUAUAUUCAUCUGUUACACUUUCAUUGUUCCCCCAAAGCCAGGCAAAUAUAUGGCUAUUCGAUGAUACAGUUUUAAUUACUGGGAAAGUAUCUGAUGCCAAAUCUCAGCCAAGUGUUCAGUUUCCAAAAUACUUGAUUAAACUUCCUGUGAACCACCAUAUCACUAAUGUAACGGCGUAUCUUACAGUGCCACAACAGUUUUUGAAAGUGGACCAUUUCCUCUAUACAACAGGAAUUCUUUUAAAUAAGUCAGGUUUCAAAAGUAUUGAAUUGACUCCCCUUGCUGCAAUAUGCGUAAACAUAUUUUCAGGUGGGAAAGAACUGCAGGUGGAUGGCCCCAUUCAUAUCACCUUACCUCUUCUGCCUACAAGCGAUGUAAAAGCAGGAGAACCUAUCUCAGCCUGGACUUUUGAUAUGAAAACUGGUGCUUGGAUUAAUCGUGGCUUGGGAAUGGUAAAGAACAUGGACGAUCACUUAGUAUGGACAUAUACUGCUCCAAGUCUGGGAUACUGGAUAGCAGCCCCAUUGCCUGGAACGAGAGAUUCCAUCAUUACAACAGUUACUAAAGAUAUCACUGCCUACCACACAGUAUUCCUCACAGCCAUAUUAGGAGGCACCAUCACCAUCAUUGUUGGGUUCUUUGCAGUUCUGCUUUGCUAUUGCAGGGAUAAAUGUGGUCAUCCAAAAAAGAGAAAGAAAAGUCCAACUAAACUAGACAUUUUAAAAAAGGACCAAACAACUUCAACAACUCACAUAAAUCGUAUUGGUGCAACCAAAGGAUCGGUGAAGCCAGAGAACAAAUCUAGAUUGUAUUCACCCAGAGUGGCAUCUUAUAGCCCCCAGAGACUGGUUUCAGCUGAAGGCGAGGAGAGGAAAGUUCAAGACAGUUUUAAAGUUUACACAGAAGGUACUUCAUACCAAUUCUCUAGUAAAAAUACCCAGUGUAGGAGCUCACCCCAGUCCUUGGAAGCUAACACAGGACUGAGACAUCUACUGCCAGUUAAACAUCUCAAUGGAAGUAUUUCCCCUUCUCAAAAUGCACAAGAACAGAAUCAGUAUCUUCCAAUAACUGAGGAACUAUAUGGGCUAUCUUCCCUCCCAGAACAAUUAAUGCAUCUCUAUGGUCAGCCUGGUGCUAUGCUUCAGACAUCUGAGCUUUUUCACUCCCAAGAGCAAUUGCAUGCUGCAAAGUCAGCUACUUUACCAAGAAAGGGACAGUUAGUCUAUAGCCCUGUGAUGGAGCCUAUGAGUCAUGAAAAUUAUACCCAGACAUUGCCCAAAAUGCCAGUGCAUUCUCAUCUGCAGGAACCAACUUCCAGAGAUGAAACAACUGCUAUAGAUAGGCAACAGGGCUUGUCUCCUCAAGCUGCCAACUGGGGCCGCUACACCAGUAGCUUGCUAGAGUCAGUUUCUGUCCCGGGAACAUUAAAUGAAGCUGUAGUGAUUACACCAUUUUCAUCAGAACUUCAGGGCAUUUCAGAGCAAACCUUACUGGAGCUUUCAAAAGGGAAACAGUCUCCACAUCCGAGAGCAUGGUUUGUGUCGUUGGAUGGCAAACCAGUAGCUCAGGUGAGGCAUUCAUUCAUUGAUCUCAAGAAAGGCAGGAAGACUGAGAGCAAUGACACCAGCUUAGACUCUGGUGUGGACAUGAAUGAGCAUAAUCCAAGUCGAAAAUUGGAGAGGGAGAAAACUUUUAUUAAAAGCAUGCAGCAUUCUAAGAUACUUUACCUAGAAGACUUGGAUCUGAGUAGCAGUGAAUGUGGGACCAGGGUUUCUACCCCUGAGGAUCAAGCUGUGAAGCAUAUGCCAGAUGGAGGUAAUGACCCCAUCAUAGAGCAAGAACUCAUAGAAGAGGUGCCUAGAAGGAAAAACAUGGCAAAAAACCAUGAGGCCAGCUCUCCCCCAGCGAAGAAACAGGGAAGACCACGUCUAACUAAAAGAGAAGGCAAAACAAACAUCUGGAAGAAGAGAGAGGAGAGGCCACUCAUUCCAAUAAAUUAAGAUUACAGCGAUGUCUAUCUUCUGGCUGUUUCGUGUCCUGUAGUCUUUACCUCCUCUCUGUCAUUCUUACUUGUAAAUUUGCACUGGUCACGUUCAGUGGGGCAGUCAGAUUUAGGAGGCAUUGCCUUUUUAAGGCACAGAACAAAUUACCCCUUCAUAAGGAGUUUUGUUUUCUGAAAACCAGCUCAUCUUGCUUUCAACAGUUGUUAAAAUUUCAGGAUUUUUGUAAAACUAUACACGCACAAUUAUCCUGUGGUGCAUCUGUAAGGACACAUAUACACUCUCUAGAAGAAACGAGUGUGGAACCUUGUUUACCUACUCUAAACUUGGACAUCUGGCAAGGAAGAAGUUCUGUUGAUACCAGAUUGCAUUGGCAUAGGAAGAGCAUACCAUAGAUGACAAGUGUUAUGUUUGCAACUAGUGUCUGAUAUUGGACACGGUCAUAAUAUGGUUUGAUGAUGGUAUCAUAUUGUGUAGUAUGGUAUUUUUCAUCUAAAUGCUGAUAGGAAAUCUUGUAUUUCAUAUCUUGUAUAACAUCCUGCCUCACUAAAAUUCCUAUAUAGCUUUUUAUGGUGGGGGAGGGAAAAUUAGGGACCUGUUAUCCAGAAGGUAUUUCAAGUGUGCAGACUUCUACCAUUCCAAUUUGUAUUGAGCCAAAUUGUGCUCCAUUUUUAGGGUAGCUGGAUUUAUAUUAAUGUAAUUAAGGCAGAGUUUGGCCCUUUAUGCCCACAAUGUGUGCCAUUGUAAACAUGGCCAAAAAGAUGCCUUUUUAGAUGUUUCCAUCAGAAACAGCAUCUUGUACUAGCCUUAAAAAGUCAAAAGAAAUACGGUAUU